AUGAAUGAGAGAAUAUUAAUAAGUGAACUAAGACAUCCAUCUCUAAUCAAUAUGAUAGCUGCAUUUUAAGAUAGAGAAAACUUCUAUCUUGUUAUGGAUUUAUUAAGUGGAGGAGAGAUCUACAUAUUCAUAUUGGAAAUUAUAAAAAUUUACUCAGAGGAGGAAACUAGUAUUUAGAGUUCUUUUAGUUCAUUUAUCAUAAUUGCAGUAGAAUAUUUGCAAUCUUAAGAUAUUAUCCACAUAGAUUUCAAACCUGAGAAUUUAGUAUUUGACUCUGAAGGAUAUCUUUGA